UGUGUGUGUGUGUGCGUGUGGGUGCGUGUGUGAGACUGCGAGAGUGUCCAUGUGAGCGUGUAUUUGCAUGUGUUUACGAGCGUGUGUUCGUGUGUGUGCGUGCGUGUGCGUGCGUGUGUGUGUGUGUGCGUGCGUGUGUGUGUGUGUAAUUGGACAGAGGGGAGAACUGGGCAGUGACUUCAUGGGCGUCUGCCGAACCUCUGCAGGAAGAACGUGGAACAUGACAUUAAAAAGAUAUCCCUGAAAGCAUGUAAGCAGACUAGUGCAGUGGGUAUACGCCUGUUGUCGAUUUAUUUCCUAAUGUGCGCUCUUUUAAAAAGGUACUACCUUACCCGGCAUCCCAUAAUACUAAUCCAUUUAAUCUCUGCUCCUCGCGCUAUGUCAUCCUCAUCCCUGUUGCCAUCCCAACCCUACUGAAUUGAUUAAAAACAGGCCAAAUGGGAAGUGAGUCGACCGAAAGCAUGACGGGAAUGUUCAUUAAACUCAUCACGACAACACGUUUCAAAUCACAUGAGGACAUAUAAACCGAUGUAUUGUUUGGUUUGAUCUGAAUGCAUCCCAUAAUAAGACCUAUGAGAAUCCACUGGUACGCACCCAAGGUCAGUGAAAGGUCAAACAGUUAGAAAGGGUGAACUGCCAGUUCUCACAGUAUUGUUGGGAGAUAACAAUGAGUGCAUAUCCUAGCGUCCCUUUAGCAUAUUUAUAUAUACAUAUAUAUCAAACAUUGAGCCAUGCCAUACACUCACAGACAGUUAUGGCUCCAUAAGCAUUAUUUAAAGAGAGUUCUGUAUCAUUGUCGGAUGGUGACUGUUGGUAGGAGGGGACGUGAUGGCUUUUGUGUUCAUGAAACAUCACGAUCGGGUCUCUUAUCCAGGUCCAACGUCUUCCACACACGGGGAGAAGGCCAGAGUUUUGACUAUGGCGCUAUGAAUCUAUUUCCAGUGUUCCCGGAAAGAGACCCACAGCAGUGUCCAUUUGGUUUUCUUUCUUUUUUUAAUUCUGGGAGACAGGAUUUGCUUUCUCCUUUUUCCUGUGGGUCAAAAAGCGCAAAACCCAUUGCAGUAUAUUACUGAAGUUAGAUGCACCAAGAGCUGCAAACUUUUGUUCAAACAAAACAGCUGCAUGAUUUACUUGCUGUGUAUCCAGGUUGACCCAUAUAUGCAGCACACGUACACAAAGACACACAGACACACGCACAAACAGAAACAUAAAGCAGACACAAGUAGUAGGCUAACCCUGCUAGCAGUACCUAAAAGUGCAAAAAUCUAAAGAAAAAACCUCUUAAAUACUCACGGAGCACCGAACUAGUACUUCUAAUACUACUACUACAACAGCAGCAUGCCAUUCCAGGCUAUUCUGUAUAACCCCCUGCUAGUGGAAUCAUGGGAAAACACAUGAUUUGUUAAGCUUCCUGUGUGUGAAAUGAUCUCAACAGACAGAGAUGUGCUGAAAUAAAGAUUUCACCAUGAAGGAUGAUUGCCAUGUGUUAUGUGUCACGUGAAUGACAGAAUUCUCCUGUUGCAUUUUUCUAUGCGUCAAUGUGUGUAAGGAUUCAUGAUGGAAGACGUCAAUGUGUCCUUGAUUUAGUUAUACUGUAUAGUAUACCAUUUUCUCUGCAACCUUCUUUCAUGAGAUUCCAUUAAGGCGCCGCGCAAGUAGUGACUUAUUUAAACAGCAGGGGGCGCAAGUAUACAGGUAAUUGUUCCUGUUCUAUUAAUUUUCCAAUGUCCUGACAAUGUAUUAACAAAGAAUUCUGCCAAUCCUUAAUAAUAAUUAUUAAAUAGCGUUAUCUUCAAACAAUCUAUACAGAGCAAACAAUCACAUUAAAAACAAAUUUGUCUGGCUUAUCUAAUUUAACAUUAUUACUUCAGUACAAAUGAUAAAAUGGGGCCCUUUUUCUUAAAAUGAGCCUCAUCUUCUUGAACUGUAUUUAGCAGUUCAUUAGUUUAGUAGUUAAUUGCCAAAGUUAUGUUAAAUGACAAAAUAUUCGACCCUUGAGCCACAAUAUAAAACGGUGUGGUCACCACGGAUGGGGGCGUGUACGCCAUUGAAGAGGGCGGGUCUAUUUUAGGAUGACACGCCCUCUGUAGAUGGGCAGUCAGUGUGGUGCUGCAAAAGUAGAAGCGUGCGAUGUUCGUUGUGUUUGCCCGUGCGAUAUUCCGGAGGGAGGGACACUGAUUGCCCAUAGCAAGGAAAGUGGUACCCACCUGCCGAAGCACACACCUCAGUAUGGAUGCUCUGAAAUCAGCGGGGAGAGCAAUCAUAAAGAGUCCAGGAGUCCCGCGACAUACAUGGGGAACUUCAAAGCACGAAAAGCUGCCGGAGAACUGGACCGAUACCAAGGAGACCCUGCUGGAGGGUAUGGUGUUCAACGUCAAGUACCUGGGCAUGACCCUGGUGGGCCAGCCCAAGGGGGAGGACAUGGCCGCCACCGCCAUACGCAGGAUCGUUGCCACGGCGAGAGCGAGUGCCAAGAAGUUUCGUAAAGUGACGCUGACGGUCUCUCCCAAAGGCAUCGUCCUCACCGACACGGACACCACAGACCUCAUAGAGGACGUCUCCAUAUACAGAAUCUCCUACUGCACUGCAGAUAAAACUCAGGACAAGGUGUUUGCCUACGUCUCUCAGAGUCCGUUUAACGAAACCUUGGAGUGCCACGCCUUCCUCUGCCAGAAGAGGAAGAUUGCUCAGGCUGUGACGCUAACCGUAGCCCAGGCUUUUAAAGUGGCCCUCGAUCUGUGGGAAGUCGCUCAGGAAGGCAAAAGCAAGAAGGCCAGAACAUGCUGUUCCUGUCCAGCCCGUGAUGCCGCCAUGGCGCCGUCAGAACCCCACUGUGUUUCAGCAGACCCAGAGAACAUCAAACCAGCCGGUCUCGAGGAGAGAAUUCGCCGGCCAUUCUUCUCCGCCUCGCUCAGUCUGCUCUCACCACGUAGCAACCCUGCACGGCGACGGCCAAUCAAACACGACUCCUGGGACGUGGAGGACGGCCUUGAAGAUGCAUUCUCAAGCAGCAUGGAUGUAGAGGAGUUAGACAACAGUAAAUGAGACUGGCUUCACGCCAACAGCCUCUGACAGUCUGGUCGUGCGUUUGAAACCAGAACCUUUUUGGUUGGGAGCCCAACACCGGAACCAAUAGACUGGCAUGGCCCCAGUCCAGAGAAACAUGGACACAACUGAACUCCUGCCAUACGCAACUUCCUGCACACACAGUGCAACAACAGACCACGUUAGGCCCAACAUAAGACACCACUCAAAGAUAAAUCGGCCUUCAUGAUAAGAAAUGUCUUAUUUUUUUUCAAUAAUCAAACACCAAUCCAGCCGUCAGUCAUUAAGUAUUUGUAAAGCUAUUCUUGUUAUCCAUGUUUACUUUGUUCAAACUAUGACUUUAUUACUCUUUUUCAACUUCAACUAUCCAUGGACAACUGUCCACUGUUCUCUCCUCAAGCACAUGUGUUAUCUAAUGCACUGUUGAAAUCUGUUGAACGGUGGAAGAUGCUCUCACAGUCACUGGACACAGUUCAUGAUUGUGUUAUGGGUUUAUAUUUUGUGUUAUUAUUAUGAGUAUUCUGCUGUUUGCCAAGAACAAGAGGGCGGUUGUGUAAUGAAAUUGUAGAACCUUUGUGUUCUUUGUGUUGGUGGUGUGUUGGCGAUUUGAGUUUAGAAAUAUAUAAGUGUGUGACUAACAGGCAGAAUGAUGUGAAAGCAAAGCAUACAGUCAAGUUAAACCAAUAUAGCUGAGGGAUGUCAUUUCUGAAAGGUUCAUAUACAUCUUAAGCUUAGCAUAGAAUCAGUGACAUUAAAUAUAUUUUAUAACACCAAUAUCAACUUAUUUAAAAUAUCUUGUUUGUUUAUUGAUAAACAAACAUUUAAAAUCACACUUUCAAAAAUCGGCAUCAUAGAUUAAAUCGUAGGUCAUUUUAUAGUUUUUUGUGUCCAUUUACUGUCCCUAUCCAAACGGUCUCCAUUAAUACUGAAUACAUCAGCCAACUAAUGCAACAAAGAGUUGCACUUAUACUUCUACAGCAUUCAUUAUUAAAAAAACAGUCAGUUGAAAUGUCAAAUCAGCACUCAUUUGUCUAAUGGUAUUCAAUUAACGUCUAUAAAGGUUAUAAAUCAAAACAACUAAAUUGUUUCCCUAUUUUCUCUGUCUCUAGAACUUUAUCAAAUUACUUGCCUCUAAAUAGAAUGAUACUGUUGAACAUGCUGGGUAAUUUAAGGGGUUGUAGAAAUAUAUAAUUACAGCGUUGGAGAUAAAAAUCCCACACUAUUUGCAUAUGCUGUAUUUUUUCAAUAUGUGUAUUUUUAUUUAUGUACAUAUUAUAGCAUUGUAAGUAGUCUGAAUACAAUCAGGGUUAUACUUUUUCUACCAACAUUUAUUACUCUUGUAAAUAAAAACGUGAAUGCCUGUUUUUUUCAUUUGGUUAUACAGUUAAUAAUUAUGUUAUGAACUAUUUUCUUCUCAAAUUGUAUUAUGGGUUAUGGGUUAUAGAAUAUUGGGGCCUGUGUGUCGCUGUCAUGACACCCACUACUAGAAUAAUUGGAUGGCUUAUCAGGUUAGACCAUGGGGCUUAAUUGCAUUUCAUUUCUGCGCCAUUGGAAAUGCCAGAGAGAGCGAGAGAGAGCAAGAGAGAAAGAGAGAGACGAUAGGGUGGGAGACCACCACCACUGUCUUCACAUUCAGGAGCCCUGUUGAAUUAUAAUGAGGACUUGGGAAUGUGUGGGAUUCCGGAUUCUUUUUUGUUGGUAUCGUUAUGAGAUUUGCCUGAAUUCUAUUUUAAUUUCUUUACUAUUUUGGUAUCAUCUAACUUGUUUUUGUCUCAAAAUUUGCUCUAUGAUCUUUUUUAUGGGGGGGGGGGAUAUUAUUGAAUCACUAUCAUUUAAGUUUUUUUAUUUACAGUUAAUGCCUGGAUAUCAAUAUUGUCUAGUUUGGUUUUAUCGAUAUACUAAAGACUUCCAACUAACCCACACAACUCGUUGAAGAAAGAUAGGUUAAGGCAGUGAAAUAAGUAGUACACACAUUUCAACAAAAUCAUUGGAUAUUGUAAAACUUUUUUAUUUUGUCCAACUUCUUUCCGGAGACAAAAACUCAGAUGUCAUUUUAUAUUCUGAAAAAAUUAUCUAUUUUUCUUGUUUAAGAGUUCAUUACUUGCAUAUUUGUUUACUUAAAUAUAUGUAAAUGAGUUAUAUUCAAAUUGCAUCUGUUUUCCUUUAGAUGCAGUACAAAUCAAUAUUAGGAAACACCAAUGCAAAGUCAAGAAAAGCAAAUACAUAUUGGGUAACAAUGUAGCUAUAGUAACGAGUUAAAAUGUUUAUAUUUCUUAAUCAUCUUGGCUAACCAACAGAACAAUGUUGUCGUUUGUCAAAGAGGGUGCUUGAUAUUGGUUACCUAUGCAAUUGUUGGAUAUGUCAAAUAUUAUGAGAGCAGUUUGUGAAUAAAACAUAUUUAGUUGAUGUACA